GCAGCCAUACCCAAAUAUCCACAUAUAUAAAAGGCACACUUCUGUUUGGGUUAGAAGGGGGACUAUCUUUGUCUUUCAGUAUUCCUGUUGCCACAGUGCUGCUUUUUGCCUCCUUUUGACUGCUUUAGGAAAGGCAGAAAAUGUCUAAGUCAAACAUCACCAUUAAGCGUAGUAACUUCAGCAGUGCUUCUUAUGCACCACUUUCCACAACCAAGACUGUGUACAGCUUGGGGUCUUCACCAGGGAGAACCUUAAGCUCUGCACUUGGAGGUUUAGGAGGCCUGAAAGUUACUGCUUCUAACAGUAGUUCUGGCUUUGGCAGGCUAGGAAGUGGCUUUUCUGGGUCAGCUACUGGCCUUGGGGGGUCUGCUGGUUCAGUUCUCUUUGGCCUUGCUGGUGAUGGAUAUGGUGGUGGGGCUAGUCUUGGUGGGGGUACAGCAUUUGGUAGUGGAGCCAGAUUUGGUGGUGGUGCUGCACUGCCCCCCAUCACUAAUGUAACAGUAGAUCAUAGGCUGCUAGCUCCCCUUGACCUGGCAGUUGAUCCACAGAUUGGAUAUAUCCGCACCCAAGAGAAGGAACAGAUCAAGACUCUCAACAACAAGUUUGCAGGAUUCAUUGAAAAGGUACGUCGUCUGGAGCAAACGAACAAAAUGCUGGAGACCAAAUGGGCUUUGCUUCAGCAGCAGCAACAAGGUGGUCCAGAUACUGCCAGCCUUGAGCAAUUGUAUCAGGCCUUCAUUAAUAACCUGAAAAGACAAAUGGACAACCUCUGUCAUGAAAAAGACAGACUGACUUCAGACUUGCGCAACAUGGAAAAUGUAGCUGAAGACUUCAAAAAGAAAUAUGAAGAUGAAAUUAACAGUCGCACUACUGCAGAAAACGAGUUUGUGACAUUAAAAAAAGAUGUAGAUGCUGCUUUUAUGCAAAAGUGUGGACUGGAUGCUAAAAUAAGUGCCUUAGAAGAGGAAAUUGCCUUCUUAAAAGAACUACAUAAUGCGGAAUUGGCACAGAUGAACACAUGUGUGAAAGAUAUCACUGCUAUUAUUGAAAUGGACAACAGAAGAGACUUUGACAUGAAAGGUAUGCUUGAAACUGUUAAGGCCCAGUAUGAUGACAUGGUUAAGAACAGCAGAGCUGAAGCCGAAGCUUUUUAUCAGUCCAAGUAUGAAGAGCUGGUAAACAGUACAAACCAGUAUGAAAAUGACAUACGCAACACCAAGACAGAAAUAGCAGAACUGAACAGGAAUAUAACAAGACUCAGGAAUGAAAUUGAGAGUCUCAAGCGCCAGAAUGCCCAUCUAGAUGCUUCCAUUGCUGAAGCAGAGGAACGUGGUGAAAUGACUCUUAAGGAUGCCAAGCUGAAGCUGACCAAUCUUGAGGCUGCCCUACAGAAGGCCAGGGAGGACAUGGCCCAUCUGACACGUGACUACCAGGAACUGAUGAACAUUAAGCUGGCCUUAGAUAUGGAGAUUGCUUGCUACAGGAAAUUGCUGGAAGGAGAAGAGCAGAGGAUUACAGGUGAAGUUACUGGAGACACUAAGGUUUACGUGCAGCAGACAACGACCACCAUGUCGGGCAGAAGUGCUGGAUCGAGUGCAGGAGGGUCACUGAAUCUUGCAAGCACUCUUGGUGGUAGUGCACUGAGUCUGGGUGGUGGAUCAAGACCUCUUCAGGGUGGGUUUAGCUCUGGUGGCAGUGUUGUUAAAAAGACAGUUCUUAGCACCAAUAGUAGCCAACGAUCAUUCCGGUGAAGCAAGAUUUUUCAAUUAAAAUAUUGAUCCUGUACUUACUGUCAAAAAUCAUAUUACAAUGCUGUAAUUUCUACAACAGGGACAUACUGGGAAUGUAUCUUUUCACUGCCUUUGAAUUUAGUACCAGCUUUUGGGGUUCCUAAACCCUUGCUAACAUGAACUGUGAAUAACUAUCAAUCAUUUGACAUAAUGUAUUAAAUAUCUUUAUAUCAUUUCUGCAUGCAAUUAAGUAACAUAUUUCGAACAACUAUUGUCAAUUUGCUAAUGAUAUUUUCAGAAUAAGCCUUUAAACACUGUCAUGUAGUUCAAAAUUAUUUUAUAUUUUGUAAAACUUGGCUCCAAAAAUUCUGUCUACAAGUUUGAGUAAUUUUGUUUCUCG